AUGACCGAAAAUGGCAUCGACAGUAAACCGAAGAUACGCGGAUAUAGCGCGAGAGGACGAAGAAAAGCGCUUGAGAGUUCACAAGAAUUGGCAGCAACACAAGGAGUGAGAGCACCUGGAGGAGAUAUUCCAGAUGAGCUCAAUGAUUUGGAAGCAAACGAUUUGAACAUUCGCGUCAAAGAUCGCGGCAGUGAAGAAGCACCAAAAAAGGGACGAACUGGAGCACUUUUCAAGGGGAGUUUAACUGAACCACAGGGCAGUGGCAUUAAGAGUCUUUUCAACAAAGAAGCCGCAGCUGGAGCAGCGAGUGAAUUGAAAGAAACAAUCAAAAGACCAUUAUCGGGUCUGUUCAGAAGACCUGGAUCAAGAGCUGGUGGAAGAAAAGACGAAGAUAAAGAUGAUAAAGAUCAAAUACCACAAGUUGAAGAUAAAGGAGCAACACAAGGGAAUAAUAGUAAUGAGAGAUUCGAAUUUACGAACACUUCACGAAGACAUAGUCAAGCACCAAUUGUGAAUAGCGAUUGGGAGGCCACAGCAAAAGCACCGCAUUUACCGAAACAACAAUUUCAUUCGGUAUUCCAAAUUGAUGCUCUUGGAGCUAAACAUCCACAUCUCUCGAAAAUGGAUGACAUCGACAUUUCCCUUCUAAUGCGUUAUACAUGUCUUGAAGAUGAAGUUCAUGAUGAAGAAAGUCCAUGGAAUUGGGAUUACCUUUUUGCGACAAUUUGUGCUGAAAUGAAAGAAGAAUGGGGAAUCGGUGGACAUGGAGGAGGAGAGGCUGAUGGAGAGUUUCUCGCUGAUGAACUUCCUAGA